AUGGAGGUAGCGGACCAGUGCGUUCCUGAAACUGAAAUACGAGGCCGCAGAGAAGAGCGUCCUCACCCCACCACCUCCAGGAAGAUGGACAAAGACCGAAGUCACAUGACCGAGAGGAUAUUAGACCUCACCCUACAGAUCAUCUACCAGCUGACCGGAGAGAGUUUUCACCCAGUGAAGUCUAAUGACCAUGUAACCAUCACGGUGCCUCUUCCUUACCUCCUUACCCCCGAAAUAAACACAAAGAAGAUUCUAGAUUUCACCAAGAAGAUGAUUGAUCUGCUGACAGGAGAGGAUGGACUUCUAAUUGAUAUCAAGGUAGAAGAUGGUCACAUAGAAGAUGAGACACACUCAAUGAGUGGUUGGCCACAUAAAAGUGGAGACAUUUCCCCAGAGUUCCAGACCGGUGUCACGGUCCGGGGGUUGACCUCGGAGGAUCUUCUGGAUCUAUUUCCAAAAUAUGGCGCAGAAGAAGAAACCGUCACUCGCGAUUCUCCAGCUGGAAACGUGGACACCCCGGAUUUCCAUCUCGGACUUUCAUUUAUGUUGCCAAACCUGUGCUAUGCUGAGGAACCUUACCGCCCAGAUACUGCCAGACGCGGUGGAACUCCCCAAGGCAUUAAGAGAUUUUCGUGCCCCGAGUGCGGUAAAAGCUUUUCCAAGAAUUCGGCUCUUAAGAUACACUGUAAACGCCACGUGGCAGAGAAAGCGUUUUCGUGUCCUGAGUGUGGAAAUUGUUUUAGAUACGAGUCGGAGCUCAUUAAGCAUCACAGGACUCACGUGGCGGAGAAACGUUUCCCGUGUAUGGAUUGCGGGAUAUCCUAUAUGUCAGAACCGGAGCUUGCUACCCAUCAGAGAACUCACUCGGCGGAGAAGUCUUAUGUGUGCGCCGAGUGUGGGAAAUCUUUCGAGGGACAGCGCGGCCUUCGCCGCCAUUACAAAAGCCACUCGAGCAACAAACCGCAUCCCUGCUUGGAGUGCGGAAAACGUUACACGUGGAAGUCAGAACUCGUCCAGCAUCAGAGAGUCCACACGGGGGAGAAGCCCUUCUCUUGUCUGGAGUGCGGCAAGAGCUUCUCUUGGAAGGCCGUACUUCUCAAACACCAGAAGGUGCACACCGGCGGCAAGUCCCUCUCGUGUCCGCAGUGCGGGGAGUGUUUCACCUGGAAGUCCGAUCUUGACAAGCACCAGAGGAAGGCCCACACUGGAGAACGGACUCUGUCUUGUACAGAAUGUGGGAAGCGGUACACAAGCCGCUCUCACCUGCUCGACCACCAGAGGACUCACACGGGGGAAAAGCCCUUCUCCUGCCCCCAGUGCGAGAAGCGUUUCACCUCCAUUGCCCAACUGAACAAACAUCGGAGGAGCCACACCUGCGAGCUGCCGUUUUCCUGCUCAGAAUGUGGCAAGGGCUUUGCGGAGAGAGAGACGCUGGUGAGACAUCAGAGGGUCCACAAAAUGCCGUUUUCCUGGCACUGA